UAAAAUAAAUAAUUUUUCAAAAAAAAUGUCUGAUUCAUGUGUCUUUUUCACAGAGAUUUAUCACCUCGAUACAACAGGAAAGUCUCAAACUUAUCCCUGAUGUUUUCCAAACUGAAGAGCGACAGGAAAUGAUAUUCUGCUUGUAAAAAAUAAUGUUGCUCGUCUAUUAAAACUGAUGUUUUGCCAUGAAUGUGCGUUUGAUAUUGUUCUUUCCUGUGACAAUAUGUUUGUGUGAAGUGGUCAGUGUAACAAGUGAUUUGACAGGAGGGCAUUACAGAUUAUUCGGGACUGAAUCAUCGGAUGAUAUAUUAGGAUACCCGUAUAAAGUUGAUGGUAUCAAACGUGUGAAAAGAAACUGUAAACAUUACGCAUAUGGACACAAAGUGAGUAACACGUUCCCUGCCCACGGGAAUGACAAAGGAGGAAAAUCAGAUAUUCUGACACUUCCUAUUGUAGAUUCUCACCAUACCAGAUAUAGCAUUGGAAACAGAGAUGUGUUGUUGCAUAUUGCACACGUGCAUAAUCCAGUGAAAACUGUUUCUGUGUACGAGCCUUUACAUGAAGGGACCUGUAAAUUCAGGAAUAAAACAUUAGCCAAGGUGAAAACUACUGCUGAACCAAAACAUUGUCUUCUAGCAACCAAUGCUGGAUUGUUUAAUACACAUAACGGAGCUUGUUACGGUAACAUUGUAAGUGAUGGUAGACUAGUGCAGGAUACUGAGGGAAUACAGAAUGCUCACUUUGGUAUCACAAAGUCAGGACAGAUUUUUACAGGAUAUCUGUCUGAAAUAGACCUGGUAAAAGAUGACUUCUUACAGUUAGUGGGUGGGGCAAUCUGGGUACUAAAGGACGGUAAAGUUCAUGUUGAUGAAAGUAUUGCCAGUGAGUGUAGGGAUACAGAAGAGACAGGCACUCUGCAGCGGUUUUCAUCAGUUGUUUCAGCAAGGACUUUGGUAGGGCAUGAUGAACAAGGCAGGGUAAUGAUUAUGCAGGUUGAAGGAAAGACAGGGAGAAAUGGGGUGAAUCUGUACGAGGCAGCAGAUAUAAUGAAGGAGUUUGGUGCUAUCAACGCUAUAAAUCUAGAUGGUGGGGGAUCUUCCACACUUGUUAUCAAUAAUACUCUAGUCAAUGUGCCCUCAGAUAGAUGUGGGAAGUACCAUUGUGCCAGGAAAAUAUCAACAAUUUUAUGUGUUCAUGAACCUCAUUGUAUCUCUAAAGACUGUAGUGGACAUGGAAUAUGUGAGCUUGGAGAAUGCCAUUGCCAUGGUUACUGGAAAGGGGUCAACUGUGAUAUACUAGAAUGCCCAGGGAAUUGUAACAAACGUGGAGUUUGUACUGAAGUUGGCUGUGUUUGCUUGCCUGGUUUCCAUGGUAAAGAUUGUUCAUCAUCGUGUAAGGUUGGUUGGUAUGGUAACCAAUGUGAUCAGCGUUGUCAGUGUGAGAAUAAUGCAUCAUGUGAUUCAGUCUCUGGUCGCUGUUCCUGUGAGCCAGGAUACUCGGGACGGCUGUGCCAAUAUCGUUGCAAAUUAGGUUACUAUGGUGACCAGUGUUCUAGUCAGUGUGAAUGUGAGGACAGUUGUAUGUGCAAUCCUGUUACAGGGGGAUGUAACUAUACGUACACACAGGAUGAUUAUCUACAAGCUGGAGCAUGUUUCACAAAGAAACUAGAACAAAAAAGAGGUGUAGAAUUAGAAAUGAUCCAGCAACAAAAAAGUGCAAUAGUAACUGUGAUAAUUACAUCUGUCAUAUCAUUUAUUAGUGUAACACUGAAUGUGCUUCUGCUGUGUAAAGUACGCUCAAAACAGAAGGGCAAAGACAAAAAGAAAUAUAAACGUGCAAAAUCUUCCAACGGUAAUGUGUUUCUCUUCCACGGCAAGCAGUAUUCCAGUUUUACGUCGUCAACGCCAAGCGAUGAAUGUGACGAGACUGCUCUCAUCGAAAAGCCAAAAGAUUUGCCGUCCUGACCCAUUGAGACACUCCUGUAUAAAUAAAAGAUAAUUGCUAUAUAUAUAAUAUAUGUAUAUAUUUUUAGCUCACCUGUCACAUAGUGACAAGGUGAGCAUUUGUGAUCACCCUUCGUCCGUCGUGUGUCCGUCCGUGCGUCCGUCAACAAUUUCUUGUCUGCACGAUAGUGGUUUCAUUUAUGAUUUUAUUUUAACCAAACUUGCACACAACUUGUAUCACCAUAAGAUCACGGUUCCUUUCUUGAACUGUCCAGAUCCCAUUAUGGGUUCCAGAGUUAUGGCCCCUGAAAGGGCCAAAAUUAGCUAUUUUGACCUUGUCUGCACAAUAGCAGCUUUAUUUAUGAUUUGAUUUUUACCAAACUGGCACACAACUUGUAUCACCAUAAGAUCUUAGUUCCUUUCUUGAACUGGCCAGAUUCUAUUAUGGGUUCCAGAGUUAUGGCCCCUGAAAGGGCCAAAAUUAGCUAUUUUGACCUUGUCUGCACAAUAGCAGCUUCAUUUAUGAUUUUAUUUUAACCAAACUUGCACACAACUUGUAUCACCAUAAGAUCUUGGUUCCUUUCUUGAACUGGCGAGAUUCCAUUAUGGGUUCCAGAGUUAUGGCCCCUGAAAGGGCCAGAAUUAGCUAUUUUGACCUUGUCUGCACAAUAGCAGCUUCAUUUAUGAUUUGAUUUUAACCAAACUUGCACACAACUUGUAUCACCACAAGAUCUUGCUUCCUUUCUUCAACUGGCCAGAUUCCAUCAUGGGUUCCAGAGUUAUGGCCCCUUGAAGGUCCAAAAUUGGCUAUUUUGGCUUUUGCAGCCAUAUAGAGACUUCAUUUAUGGUUUUAUUUGAUACAAACUUCCAAAAUACCUUCAACAACAAGAAAUCUUGGAUUCCAUGACAUAUCAGAUCCAAUCAUAGGUUCCAGAGUUAUUUUAUAUCUGAUUACCUCCCCUGAUUGUAAUCAAAAUGGAUUUAUAUCAGUAAGUACUUACAGGACUUAUUUGAAAUUUCAUUAUUGUUAUUAGUUGGACUGAGACAAUCAGGGUAGAUAACUAUGGACUGAUUUUAUGUCAAAUUACCUCCCUUUAUUUCAAAUUAAAAUUGUUAUAUCUCCAUAACUAAUGAAGAUACUGAUCUGAAAUUUCAUUUAUGUCAACAGAUUUAUUUGGCAGAUCCUUCUUUUGUCCACUUACAAUAUAUUUUUUUUUAAUUACUUCCCUAUUACGUUACUAUAAAUAGCUUAUUUUUAGUAACUUUUUUAUUAUUGGCCGUAGGGAAAACACGAGACCAGUUUUCUGUGGUACAACAUGGAUGGUACCUCCAAUUUUUAGGUGUAUUUUAACAUAUCUAUACCUUGUAAGAUUUUUUUUUUCUUUUUGGUUAAAUUUCUUCCAUUUGUUGUUCCUGUCCUUUGGACUUAGAUAUUUUUUCUGAGGACCUUCUAGUCCUCAAGUGCAAUGAUAACAGGUGAGCGAUAUAGGGCCAUCAUGGCCCUCUUGUUAUUGGUAAUAUAUUUAUUUUAAUACUUUGUAUUGUACUGUUCAACCUCUGAUAACCACACCUCUAUAGAGUAAAUACCUCCACACUUCUGGCAGAUGUUUCUUUCUGACUAGAUGAGGUUCCAAGGUUAUUAAGUUGUGAUUGGAAACCAAUCUCAGAAUGUAGCCUUGCUAUUGGUCAAUAUCAAGAUAGAGUUCAGGAUUAACCAAUCAGGUACUUGCAUUUUUGACCAGUCUCCAAACUCAACUUAUAACCUUUGAGGGAGUUUUGUGGUGAAAAGCAGCCUGUCCAAAACAACAGUCUCUUUACUACAAAAUUAAUCGUUUUCCUAGCAGUGUUUCUUUAGUGGUACUUUACUCAAAUUGUCUGUCUGUAAAUGGUCUAAUAAUAAUAAUAAUAAUAAUAAUAAUAAUAAUAACUUUAUUUUAAGAAGGUGACAUAUUAAGAGUACAUAGUAUACAUACAACUUAUUUCCAAUAUGGCCUUCUACAUAAAUGUUAAAACACAGUAUCUACAACAAUAAGAGUAUCAGUAGCACAAUUUUAACGACAAACACACUUUAAAAACAAACUCUUUUUGAAAUGAUUUUACCAGUAGAAUAAAUCAGUGUAAUUCAUUUUGCAUACAUGUACAUUCAUCCAUCAAUAUCAUAAAGUUUAAAAGCUACCCUAUAUGACAUAAAAUGCAUGAUAAUUGAUAAAGAUUUGAGAAAAAAAAAAGAAUAAAUAAAUAAAUAAAAAAAAAAAUCUCAGUAACUUUGUUCUUGUAAUAAAUAAUCCUUAAUUUUUGGUUUAAACGUUAACAGGUUAUCUUGAAGUUUGAUGGAAUGGAAUUCCAUAAAUGUAUGACUUUGUAUGAGAAUGUUUGUUUCAUGUAGUUUGUUCAGGGCUUUAACAAUGAAAGAUCUUUACGAGUCGAGGAACGAAGAUUAUAUCUAUCGUUAUGAGCAAAAGAUAAUAAUUCAGACAUAUAUUUUGGUACAAGGUUAUGGUCACAUUUAAAAACCAGUACAGCAAUUUAGAGCAAUUUAGUUAUUGCAUCUGUUUUCAAAAGUGAACAGAUUCAGAUUUUUAAACACGCUACCUGCGAUACGAUUUUUUGUUGUUACACGAAUUGCCCUCUUUUGUAUAUUAUAUAUUCUAUCAGUAUCUGAUUUACAGGCAAGCCCCCAUACAGUACUGCAAUAGUCCAUGGUUGAUAUAAUAUAUGCAUUAUAAUAUAACAUCUUCAUUUCAUCGGUCAAAAAGUACGAAAUUCUUUUUAAAAGUGCAACCUUUAAGUUUAUUCACAACAUUGCAAACUUGUGCAUGCCACGUUAUAUUAUUAUCUAUACAGAUUCCAAGAAUAUUUUGACUUGUUACAUUUUCAAUUAUCAUUCCAAUGAUAAACAGUUCAAGAUUCCUUGCUUGUUUCUUUUUAGCUCGACUAUUCGAAGAAUAAGUAGAGCUAUCCUACUCACCACGGCGUCAGCGUCGGCGUCACACCCUGGUUAAGUUUUUCGUACCAGUCCACAUUUUGACAAAGUCUUUUGAGGUAAAGCUUUGAAACUUUCAACACUUGUUUACCAUCACCAUGUCCAGUUAUAGGCAAGAGUACUUAACUCUGUCAAGCAUUUUGACUGAAUUAUGGCCCCUUUUGACUUAGAAAUCUUGGUUAAGUUUUUCGUACCAGUUCAUAUUUUGACAAAGUCUUCUGAGAUAAAGCUUUGAAACUUUCAACACUUGUUUACCAUCACCAUGUUCAGUUGUAGGCAAGUGUACAUAACUCCAUCAAGCAUUUUGGUUGAAUUAUGGCCCCUUUUUGACUUAGAAAUCUUGGUUAAGUUUUCGUACCAGUCUACAUUUUGACAGAGUCUUUUGAGAUAAAACUUUGAAACUUUCAACACUUGUUUACCAUCACAAUGUCCAGUUGUAGGCAAGAGUAUGUAACUCCCUCAAGGAUUUUGGCUGAAUUAUGGCCACUUUUGACUUAGAAAUCUUGGUUAAGUUUUUCGUACCAGUUUAUAUUUUGUGUGAAGUGUUUGACAUAUGGCUUUGAAACUUUUAUAACUUGUUCAGUAUAAUAGUCUCUAUCAAUAGGCAAGAGUACAUAACUCUCUCAUCUUUUUUGGCUGAAUUAUGGCCCUUUUUGAACUUGGAAAUUGGUUCUGUUUUGUAUAUGUCCAUGUUUUGUCAAGACUAUUUGACAUAUGGCUUUUAAACUUUAAAUACUUGUUUAUCAUUAUGAUUUCCAUCUGUAGGCAAGAGUACAUCACUCUGACAACUAUUUUGGCUGAAUUAUGGCCCAUUUUGGACUUUGAAAUUUGUUCAGUUUUUUAGCUCACAUGUCACAAAGUGAUAGUGUGAGCUUUCGUGAUCGUGCAGCGUCCGUCGUCCGUCCGUGCGUCCGUCCGUGCGUAAACUUUUGCUUGUGACCUCUCUAGAGGUCACAUUUUUCAUGGGAUCUUUAUGAAAGUUGGUCAGAAUGUUCAUCUUGAUGAUAUCUAGGUCAAGUUCGAAACUGGGUCACGUGCGGUCAAAAACUAGGUCAGUAGGUCUAAAAAUAGAAAAACCUUGUGACCUCUCUAGAGGCCAUAUUUUUCACAUGAUCUUUAUGAAAAUUGGUCAGAAUGUUCAUCUUGAUGAUAUCUAGGUCAAGUUCGAAACUGGGUCACGUGCCUUCAAAAACUAGGUCAGUAGGUCAAAUAAUAGAAAAACCUUGUGACCUCUCUAGAGGCCAUAAUUUUCAUGGGAUCUGUAUGAAAGUUGGUCUGAAUAUUCAUCUUGAUGAUAUCUAGGUCAAGUUCGAAACUGGGUCAGCUGCGGGCAAAAACUAGGUCAUUAGGUCUAAAAUUAGAAAAACCUUGUGACCUCUGUAGAGGUCAUACUUUUGAAUGGAUUUUCAUGAAAAUUGGUCAGAAUGUUCACCUUGAUGAUAUCUAGGUCAAGUUUGAAACUGGGUCACGUGCCAUCAAUAACUAGGUCAGUAGGUCAAAUAAUAAAAAAACCUUGUGACCUCUCUAGAAGCCAUAUUUUUCAUGGGAUCUUUAUGAAAGUUGGUCAGAAUGUUCAUCUUGAUGAUAUCUAGGUCAGAUUCAAAACUGGGUCACAUGCGGUCAAACACUAGGUCAGUAGGUCUAAAAAUAGAAAAACCUUGUGACCUCUCUAGAGGCCAUAUUUUUCACAUGAUCUUCAUGAAAAUUGGUCAGAAUGUUCAUCUUGAUGAUAUCUAGGCCAAGUUCGAAACUGGGUCACGUGCCUUCAAAAACUAGGUCAGAAGGUCAAAUAAUAGAAAAACCUUGUGACCUCUCUAGAGGCCAUACUUUUGAAUGGAUCUUCAUGAAAAUUGGUCAGAAUGUUCAUCUUGAUGAUGUCUAGGUCAGGUUCGAAACUGGGUCACGUGCCAUCAAUAACUAGGUCAGUAGGUCAAAUAAUGAAAAAACAUUGUGACCUCUCUAGAGGCCAUAUUUUUCAUGGGAUCUGUAUGAAAGUUGGUCUGAAUGUUCAUCUUGAUGAUAUCUAGAUCAAUUUCGAAACUGGGUCAGCUGCGGUCAAAAACUAGGUCAUUAGGUCUAAAAAUAGAAAAACCUUGUGACCUCUCUAGAGGCCAUAAUUUUGAGUGGAUCUUCAUGAAAAUUGGUCAGAAUGUUCAUCUUGAUGAUAUCUAGGUCAAGUUUGAAACUGGGUCACGUGCCAUCAAUAACUAGGUCAGUAGGUCAAAUAAUGAAAAAACCUUGUGACCUCUCUAGAGGCCAUAUUUUUCAUGGGAUCUGUAUGAAAGUUGGUCUGAAUGUUCAUCUUGAUGAUAUCUAGGUCAGAUUCAAAACUGGGUCACAUGAGCUCAAAAACUAGGUCACUAUGUCAAAUAAUAGAAAAAAAACGACGUCAUACUCAGUUCAAAACUGGGUCAUGUUGGGACAGGUGAGCGAUUCAGGACCAUCAUGGUCCUCUUGUCUUAUAAGUCAGCUUUUUGACAAAACUAUUUGAACUGUGGCUUUGAAACUUUUAACACUAGUUUAUCAACAUGAUUUCCAUCUGUAGGCAAGAGUACAUCACUCUGUCAACUAUUUUGACUGAAUUAUGGCCCUUGUUGGACUUGGAAAUUAGUUAAAUUUUUCAUACAAGUCCAUAUUUUGCCUAACAUAUAACUUAACAUAUUUGGCAUCAUGGUCACACAUUGCCAUUUAGUGCAAGACUGAUCGAAAUCCACAAAUACAGGAACAUUUUUUUGUUUAAUCCAUUUUUUUGUUCUGUCUGAAAAUCUAUGGAAAUAUUUUGACCCCAUUCUUCAAUCAAUUCUUCGAAUAGUCGAGCGCGCUGUCAUCUGACAGCUCUUGUUAUAAUUUGUACUUAGAAGCAUACAAUUUGUUCUUUCCGGAUGUAGUGACAUAUUAUUAAUUUUGCACCAUGUGAUAAUGAUAAGAUUACUUUGGAGCUCUUGUCUAAAACUGAUAUGGAGUAUAUGUUUGAAUCUAAUGUAAGUGAUAGAAUCUGCAUUUGUUUAUUUUCAAAAACUCCAUCUGGUGGUUAUAUUUUUUUAUGAUUUUUGUUCUAACUGGGCUUUGAAAUACAUGACAGGCCAUCCAGUAUUUAAUAUAAUGUAGUUAAGUGUUAUAUAAAAAAUUCAAUAUCAUUUUAAUGUUUUCAUAUAAAGCCACAUCAAAGAUACAGACUGUAAGGUAAUUUCUUUAUUGUUUUAUUAUGCUCCCUGGAGAGGAAGCAUAUAGUUGCUUCUUCAUCCAUCCUUCCCGCUAUUCUUGUCUGGAGUAUUUCUCAGCAACCACAGGUUGAAAUUUUAGGGAAACUUCAAAGGAAGCUCCACUGACAAGAGGAAAUGUGUAUAUUAUCUUCAUGUUCCAGUCGGAUGAUUUUUCACCGAGUUAUUGCCCUUUGCUUAUUCAACAUUCUAACAUGACCAGCUAAUAACCUACAUACUUGUUGAGCAAAAUCCUUCUCAGGGUAUUCUGCAAUAAAUCGACCUUGAACGAUGCUGUGUGUGCACCGUGUUUUGACUAGUUGUAAUUUACGUUUGAUGAAAAUACGCGUCUGAUUCUCGUCUAACCUUAAUUGAAGUAAGUCGUGUUAGAAUCGAAAUAAUAUGUAUCUAAAUAAGGUUUAUAGUAGAAUAACCCUCUUUUGUCGUUCUUAUGCGUAGAAAUAAUGUCAUUAACUGACCAUAGACAAUUAUCCUAUGAAGUCUGACGUCUGUUGACCAAACUCUUUUUAGUUAUCCAUGAUAAAAAGCGUGUAGUUUUCUUUUGUUCUUAAAGGUGGUUAAUCAGAUUUUGGUCAACUUUCAGAUUUUUUUAAAACUUUACCAACUGAUAAUUUUUUUUUUUUUUUUUUUUUGGGGCCCCAAAUGGGUAACCCCAUUUAUUUUCCCCGUCAUAGGUAUAACUAGGGUCGGAGAACCAUCCCUAAUUAGCCUUACACACAACAUAUACAUAUUAUAAUAUUGUACUUAUUUUAAACAUCAAUAUUUUCAUAUAACAAUACUAUCAAUACUAUUACAAGUAUGGUAUAAAAGGUCAUAAACGGGUACCCAAGAAACAUUCUUUUUAGCAAAACCAUAUCAAAAAGGUGAAAAAAAGAAAAAGCGGUUAUACAUGUAUGAUAUAUAAUGAUGCUGAGCGAGCUUGCACAAACUAAGGAUUAGUAUUAUGAAGUAUAAUUGUAAUAAUAUCUAAUUACAGUGUUAACAUUUAUCUGAUGAAUAAUCUUACAAUUGACCAGUUUUGUUUUUCUAAAUCUGUAAUGUUCAAAUUCUUAUAAAUUUCCCAUGCUAAUGAAAGACUCUUCUUAACUCCAGUAACAGUUGGUAUAAUUCCUUUUAUUUUGCACAAAUAUAUAUAUCGUUUUAUCUCUAGAAACAAAAUAUCAUAUUCAACAUUUCUUGGUUUACAACUGAAGGAUCCAAGUAAAAAACAUUCUUGUUUCAUACAUUCCAUAUUUAUAUUAACAUUUGCACAUAUGUUUUUUAUUCCGCUAAGUAAUUCUUGAACAAUUUGACAAUUCCAAAAUAAAUGUAAUAAAGUUUCUUCUUCCAUUCUGCAAAAUGUACAUAAAUUAUCGUUUCUCAUAUUCAUUUUAUACAACAUAGAGUUUGUACCUAGAGUUCUAUGUACUAUUCUAGUUUGAAACCACUGAAUAUAUGAAUCUCUUGUAUAUUUGAAAGGUAAACUAUAUAUAUAUAUUCCUAAUCUAAAAGACUUAUAUUAAACAAAGAGUUACAUUUUA